AUGGUUUUAAAACUAAAACUGUUCGAAUCUCCCUUUGAUGAUUCUACAGACAUUGAUAUUGAUCCAAGCACAGAAAGAGGGAAACGAGUGCUAUCACAACCUCCGGCAACGAAAUGGGAACUGUGGGGUUAUUACCUUUACUAUAAUGGCGAUAACGGCUAUACAAUGAAUAGUUACAUGCCCAACAUCCUUCAGUACUUGGCUUACAAAGGUGGUUUUUAUCCUCAGACUCCUCACAUCAAAGGCUGCGAUAUCCAUAAUUCGGAUGACAAUUGCUACGUGCCAUGGUCAGGUACUUCUGGUAUUCCGGUGUCGGCAAUGAUGUUAUAUGUGCAAGCAAUUUCUUUCUCUAUUCAAUUCCUUCUCUUCACAACAUUUGGUAGUCUGGCUGACUAUGGUAAAUGGAAUAAGUAUAUUUUAUUGAUCGCUACUGUCAUCGGCUGUGCAACCCAAAUUGUACCUAUUGCUUUCAUGAACGACGAUGGAUCACACUGGAAUGCUAUGCUGGGUAUCAUGAUUCUCGCUUUGAUUUCAUACGGUACCUCAUUGGUCUUUUAUGCCGCCGCAUUCCCCACAAUCAGUGAUAAUUUACCUGUGGUACGUAAAGCAAGAGCUGACCCUGGCCUAUCAAACGAUGAGAUUGAUUCCGUAGUAGAAAAAUGGCGAAACCACGUAUCCGCCAUCUCCACUGUCUUCUCUAAUGUUGGAUUCCUGAUGAUGACCGGUCUACUUUCUGGUAUUUCGUUUAUUGCCUGGAACAACUACAACUUUUACGCUGAUGAUGCCCAUAUUUUGGGCAACGUGCCUCUCUUUAAUUUCAUUUCAACCGCUGUAUGUGGUGUCUUCUGGGUCAUCAAUGCUAUUCCAUAUUUCAUAGCCAUUCCCUCCAAACGACAAGGACCUUCACUUCCCAGCAACUCCAACCAUUUCACCAUUGGAUGGAAAUCUGUUUUCGUUGCCAUCAAAGAGGCUCGCAAGUUACGUUAUCUCUUUUUAUACAUUUUUGCUUACUUUAUGUUUUCUGACGCUGUCUCAACCACAAAUCAGAUGAUCGCUAUUACACAAGCUCAAAUCACAGGCUUCAGUGCUCAACAGGUCACCAUUCUCAACCUCGCCUCAGCUGUUACCUCUAUCCUCGGCUGUUUAUUCUUUUUAUGGAUUUCUCGACGCUUUGGUAUUCGAACCAAAACCAACUUGAUGAUCAUUAUUGCCUUGACAGGCAUUAUACCUUUGUGGGGCUGCUUUGGUAUUGGGCUUCGUAAUUUCGGCAUCCGUAAUACCUGGGAAUUGUGGGUUUUUUAUGUCUGGUCCGGGUUGUUUACAGCUCCUAUUUGGGCGUGGCAAAAUACUAUGUUAGCUGAAUUGGUGCCCAAGGGCAGAGAAAAUCUGUUCUUUGGAUUGUUCGGUGUCAUUAACAAAGGCUCUUCUUGGGUUGGACCCGUGAUCAUUGGUGCUAUUACUCAAUACACCGACAACUUAUGGAAAGGAUGGCCGUUUGUUCUUGCUUUAUUUGUACUAUCUUUGAUUAUCGUUUGGUUCAUUAAUGUCGACAAAGCAAAGGAGGAUAUUGUUCGCUAUCUGGCACAAAAGGACGGUAGGAUUGAGCAUUUCUAUUCUUUAGAAGGCCUUUCCAUCAUGACUUACACUUACUAA